AUGGUAGCCAUUGAACGCUUAGAUCGUAAACAUGGACACGGGGAUGCAGAGUUUUGGAAGGAAAUCACAAUGCUUUCUGAGUUACAACAUAAAAAUUUGGCCACUCUCUUACGUUUUUGCAGUGAAGAUAAAGAGAGAAUCCUUGCAUACAAGCAUGCAUCUCAUGGGAGUCUUGAUCGCCAUCUAGGUGACCCCAAGCUCACUUGGACCCAAUGCCUCGAGAUAUGUAUUGGGGCUGCAAGUGGAAUUGCCUAUCUUCAUGAUCCAAGGGAGAUGCAACACACGGUUCUUCAUCGAGAUGUCAAAAGCUCAAAUAUCCUUUUGGAUGAUAAUUGGAUCGCAAUAGUUUCUGAUUUUGGUCUAUCAAAAAGUGGUUCCGAGAACCAACCACAUUCAUUAUGCUGUGUAUAUGAUAAGAAUGAUCAGCGCAAAGUUUUGGUGUAUCAGUGGAGAAAAUGUUACGUUGAAAAUAGACUAGGCGAUAUUAUUUUUCCUGAUCUAAAGGAACAAAUUGGCCAGGAGUCUUUGUUGACAUUUUCAGCCAUCGCAUAUCAAUGUUUAGAUAGAGAUCUCAAAAAGAGACCAAAAAUGGUAGAGAUCAUGAAAGAACUUGAGACUGCACUUCAUCAACAAGAUACUUCUCAACAUCAAGCCAUUGUAGCCAAGACACCGAUUUCCUACAAAUUCAUGGAUGAGUUUCAUCACCUCACAAUCCCUUUAGAAGAGGUAAAGCGUGCCGCCGACAACUUUUCUGAGGAGUUUGCUAUCGGGUUUAGUGGGUUUGGACAAGUAUACACAGGACUCAAUCUAUCUGCAGUGGGAAACAGAGAAGUCGCUAUUAAGAGAUUAGAUCCUAGAUAUGGGCAAGGGGAAGCUGAGUUUUGGAAAGAGGUCAUAAUGCUUUCCAGAUACAAACAUGAAAAUCUCAUUUCUCUUCUAAAAGUUUGCAACGAACAUGGUGAGUCGAUCUUAGUAUUUGAGUAUGCAUCUCUUAGGAGCCUUGAUUACCAUCUAGAUAGCUCUGAUCUCACAUGGAUCCAACGCAUGAAGCUAUGUGUUGGGGUAGCUCGUGCAGUGGACUACCUUCAUGGUCCUUCAGAGACAAAAGUAGGAGUUGUACACCAAGACAUUAAAAGCUCAAGUAUACUUUUGAAUGAUAAAUGGAUUGUUAAACUUUCUGGCUUUGGAAUGUCAAAAGUUGUCACGGGUAACGAACUACAAGUUCAUCCCAUCUCUGAUGAUAUUGUUGGUACUCCUGGGUAUCGUGAUCCUGCAUAUAUUGAGACCGGCAUCCUAUCAAAAGAGUCUGAUGUGUACUCUCUUGGAGUGGUGUUGUUUGAAGUGCUAUGUGGAAGAAGUUGCUGGGAAUAUGUUAAUGGGCAAAUGAAAAUCUUAGUGCCUACAUGGAGAAAAAGCUAUGAUGAGCAGAGAUUUGAUGAUAUUAUAUUUCCUGAUCUAAAGGGACAAAUGUACUCGGGUUCUUUGGAUACAUUUUCAUCCAUUGCUUAUCAAUGCGUGAGGAAAGAUCCUCAAGCGCGACCAACCAUAGCCAAGGUCAUGAAAGAACUCGAGAUAGCACUUCAACAACAAGAGCAUUUUGAAGAUAUGAUGAGUAUAGAGAAGCUUGUGGUAUCUAAAUCUCCAAUAUCAAGCACAUCCAAUAACCAACCUCUCAUGCAAUUUCCUGAAGGAGCUCUUGUUGGAGAUGGCAAUACGGUAUUACAGUACUUUGUAUUUCACUUGACAGUGGCUUUCGAAGCAUAA